UUUUCACAUGGGACACACGCACGGUCAGCAGCUCGCGCCCACAGCAAUGCCCCAGACGCACUCCCAGCAGCAGAGGCAGCAGCAGCAGCAGAGGCAGACGCAGCAGCAGAGGCAGACGCAGCAGAGUGGGGCGGCCGGGGCGGCGGAGCUCACCGCGGCUCGCAGGACGGAGCGACGGGGCAGGGAGCCGGGCAUGCUAGGAGACGGCUGCAGCAGCCCCAGCGGCCACAGCCACAGGUCCAACCGACUGGCCAUGCUCUCCAGGUCUCUGAUCCUGUGCCACUCCAAGACCAGCGACGACUUUCCCGAGCCGGAGGAGAGGACCUGGGGUGCCGGGGACGGGGGUGAUCCCGUCAUCCCGGGGCAGACGGGGGGUCCGAGCUGGGCGAUGGACCCGGCUCAGGGGCCGCUGACGGUGAAGGGCCAGCAGUCCUCACCGGGGACCCAGCGAGGCACGGAGAGCCCCAAACAUCCGUACCCCCACUCUGAGGACCUCAGGGAGCACAAGCGGAGCCUCCGGAGGACAUUCAGCAUCAAAGAGAGCAGUAUAUGGAGGAUGUGUGUGGCCACGGGGCCCACAGACGAGGGCCGGGGCCCCCAUAUGUCUGAUAGCAGCAGCCUGACGCAGGACAAAGAGGCCUGUGUGGAGCGAGGCCACAACACAGUGGAGUUAUACAGAGGCUGCUACACCCAGAGGCCAGACAAGCUGGCACCUUUUAACGGACAGUGUCUGAACGGCCACACAAGGCCGGGGGGGGAGGGGCGCAGCCGGUCUGCCGCCGCCAACCUCAGCGGUCAAACCCAAACAGAGGAAGCUCCGGCGGCGCCAGAGUCCCUCCGCGUCUCCUGUCUGACCAACGGACCUCCGUACCCGGCGUCCGUCUCGCCCUCCGACUCCUCCGCCGGUCCCAGCUACGCCGACGGCGACUUUGUGUCGUCCAGCAGCCACCACCUAAAGUUGGCCAUCCCAGAGGUGAACGAGGAGAAAGCAUGGGAGACGGAGGAGACAGGGGAGCCGAAAGCUGUGGACGCGACUGACUGCAACCGGACACGUGCCAGCUCUACAAGCGUUCAUCCUUAUUGGAUCGGGGACCUGGAUGCCAUCAUCAUGAGGGCGCCGGAUCUCUACGGCGACCACCCGAACCCAAACGGUGGUUUCUACGGCAACAGGAAGUCUUUGUCUCAGCAGCUGGACGUCCCCCACGCCAACAUGCAGCCCGUGCACAGGGCCACUCGGUCCCUCAGUUCAGCCCUGUUGGUCCAGCACUCGUGCAGCAACGUCCAGGCAUUCUUCAUCUGCAACGUGGUUCUGAUGAAGGGCCAGGGCAAGGGUCUCGGCUUCAGCAUAGUGGGAGGACAGGACAGCAUGUAUGGACCGAUGGGGAUCUACGUGAAGACCAUCUUCCCUGGAGGAGCCGCAGCAGCCGAUGGGAGACUGCAGGAGGGCGAUGAGAUCCUGGAGCUGAACGGGGAGCCACUGCAGGGACUGACUCACGACGAGGCGCUACAGAGGUUCAAACAAAUCAAGAAGGGUCUGUUGACGCUGGCGGUGCGGACCAGCCUGCGCGUGGGGGCUCUGUGCGGCGGCGGCGGCCAGACGGCCCAGCUGUGCCGCUCUCGCUCCCUCAGCAGCUCCACCACGGGAAUGACCCGGGUCAGCGCCGACCUGGGCCACAGCUACAGCUACCUGAUGGGCGCCGCCGUGCCGGUGGCGGCGGCGGGCCCGCAGGCCAAGCCCCGGGACCGCGUGGUGAUGGAGAUGGUCCUGCAGAAAGAGGCCGGCGUGGGCCUGGGCAUCGGGCUGUGUUGCGUCCCCUCUGGAGAAGGCUGUUCUGGGAUCUACAUUCACACCCUCUCCCCUGGCUCCGUGGCUCACAUGGACGGCAGGCUCAGGUGUGGGGAUGAGAUCAUGGAGAUCAAUGACACAGUGGUGUACAGCAUGGCCCUGAACGAUGUGUACUCGGUCCUGAGCCAGUGCCCCCCCGGCCCGGUCCAGAUCAUCAUCAGCAGGCACCCAGACCCCAAGGUGUCAGAGUUGCAGCUGAACAACGCCAUCGCCCAAGCAGUGGUGAACACCAAGCUGAGGAGGGACAAGAGCCAGUGGAGUGUUGAUGGUGUACGAAGGCUGGAGUCCUGCCCCCACAUCCGCCACAAGGCACAGAAGACCAUGACCCGAUCCUGCAGCGACAGCACCACCAACAACCACCACCACCUCCAUCACCACCACCUCCAUCACCCCAACAACAACAACCACCGGGGGGUCAACAUCGCCUACCACAACCCGCCCACCCGACUGCACAGCCUCGACACGCCAACGUCUGCGUCGGAGCCCUGGGCUGAGAACAGGCUCUCGGUGCCUUUGUACUGUGAUGAGGACUACAACGUGCCCUACAACUCUGCUGCUGCUGCUGCUGCUGCUGCUGCUGCUGCUGCUGCUGCCACCCACCCCGGACAGCAGGCCUUCAGUCUGUCAUUCAGGGCCAGCAAGUCCAAGAGCAGACAGCACGCCCUCCCCAGGCGGUACUGCCGGGCCCCGGAUGUGACCAGCGAGGAGGGCUACGCCGGGGACUCCAGCGGCUCCAGCAGGGGGUCCCCGGUCAAAGAGAAGGGGCCCGCUCUCUCGCCCGCCAACAGAUGCCAGGAAGGAGAACAAGAAACCAAACUCUCAGAGGGAAGUCGAAAAGCUCUCAAGCUCCAAGAAUCCACAACCCUCUCGCCCGACCAGCUGCAGAACUCUCUGUGCAGUCCAAACAGAGGUUAUUGCUUAGCCCAAUCCUGCUCCCGCCACAAGAGAGCAGCUCUACGAAGGCAGUAUCGCGUCGAGCAACACCUACAAGACACGCUGUCGAGCGACCCCUGGGUUCGUCUUUCUGGAAGCUCCCCCGACGACCGACCACCUCGGCACCCCGCAGGCAGCAGAGUCGCGAUGGACCCCGGUGACCACGACUCGCUCCGACGCGACACAAACGGCCCGGUCGCCGAGGACGACCUCAACGGUUUGGCCACUGAGUCUCUGUCAGAGUCUGCUUCCAACCUGACCAUGCAACCAAAACCUGAGGACCCAACGGAGGCGAAGAAGGCCCCCCCGGUGGCCCCUAAGCCAGCCUGGAUACGUCAGAGCCUGAAGAGUAUCCAGAGCAAGCAUUACCAGAGGGAGCUACCUAGAUCGACGGAACAGAAGCAAACGUUUGGACUCACCAGACCCUUUGCACAGAGUCCGAGAUCCACUUCAUCGACGGCUAACCUGUCCUUCAAAGAGAAGAUCAACUCAUUUGAGACCUUCUCCAGUCCUGGGCCCAGAGAGAAUAUGGCCAACAGAAGGCCUCUGGCGCCAUCCGCCUCCUUACCCCUCAUGGUGAAAACUCCCAGGAGUGACCGUCGUGCCAAAGAAGAACAUAUACAUGAGCACAUUGAAAUCAAUAUGCCAUGUACAAUCAAUAGCCCUUCUUCAGAAGGAAGACCAGAUGACCAUGUGGUCAUCUCUUCCCCACCCUGCAGUCCCAAUUAUUCAGCCACCGGCCCCUCUCCUGGGGUGACCGAUCCCCAAACUGUGGAGCGUUUACCAAUAGUCUCCCUUGCCCCCAUCGACACCUCUGCAGCACAUGUCCAGGAGAGUGAGGAGAGUGAUGCUAAUCCAGCUGAAGGGACAGGUGGAGAUUCCACUGUUGUUCUUGAUGAAGGUGAGAUGGCUACAACACCACUCAGAAAGCAGCCAGAGGUAAUCCUGGGAGAAGUACAACAAAGUGGAUUGAUCAAGCCCAUUCGAGUCUCUCGGAUGAAACCGAGCCCAGGUACCUACAACACUCCCGAAGAAGACAGCCAGAAUGGGGAAGAGAAGAGGGAACACUUCCCAACCACUGAGCCAACCUUGGAAACAGACAGCCAACCCCUGGAUGCCUUGCUGACCAUGGAGAAUACCCCUCUGAUGGACACUGAGCCAGAAGGCAUGGAGAGAAUCAUGGCUUUCAGUGAUCAGAUGUGCCAAGCGUUGAUGUAUUCUAUGUCAACAUCAGCAUGUGACGCUGGCCUGAGAAAACAUCGGCUGUCCUCAGAUCCUUCCAUCUCUGACAGUGACUGGGACUGUCUGGAAACAGAUUCACCUGCGACUGAAGAACCAGAGAGGGAUGACAAGGGCUUCUCAGUCAGCUUGGCCAAGCUGAGGGAGUGUACCAUUAAUGUAGGGGAGGGGGGAACGGCUGAGGAUGCCACAGAGAUGUCUGCUAGUGCUCGCUCAGUCAUUUCAGCCAUCCCCUCAGACAAGAUAAACAGCAUGAUCCAGGAAGUCAAAUCUCUCAGUGUGGAGAUGCUGAAGACCCUGGAGGAAAUCCACGUGGUGGUCCUGCACAAGGACGAGGGGGCCGGGCUGGGCUUCAGCGUGGCUGGGGGGUCCGACCACGAGAACAAGGCCGCUACAGUCCACAAGGUGUUCCCCGACGGCCUGGCUGCCCAGGAGGGCACCAUCGUGAAGGGGGACGAGGUGCUGUCCGUGAACGGGCAGUCGCUCCACAACGCCGCCCACGCCGAGGUCACCGCCGCCGUGCGCCUCGCCCGCACCAUGAGGGUGGCCGUGGUGGUGGUCCGGAGGAGGGGGGAGGCCGACGCUGUGGGCAGGGGGGGCACGGAGGCACGGCAGGGGAGCUGCAAGGGGGAGCAAGACCUCGGCUCCUUAGGUCCUCCAGUGCACGUCACCAUAGACAAGUCUGCCGGCGGGGUGGGCUUCACCCUGGAAGGAGGGAAAGGCUCCCUCAACGGAGACAGGCCGCUGCUCAUUAACCGGAUCUAUGCAGGCGGUGUAGCUGAGGAGAGCGGCCUGCAGUGUGGAGACGAGCUUCUGGAGGUCCAAGGAACGAAUCUCCAGGACAUGACGCGCUUCGAGGCCUGGAACAUCAUCAAGGCCCUGCCUCAAGAACCCAUCACAGCUGUGAUCAGACGGAGGGCCGACGCCGAAUGACCAGCGACAAGAUCCUUUUGCUGUACAUCGAGCGAGCUUCAAAUGGAACAUGGGAGCAGGGGGGACAAAUGUUGCACUUGUUUUCCCAUGACUUCUUGCCUCGAUAACAAACCAAAGAUCGAAGCCAUCGGGGUAGUGAGCAGCGGAGGAGUGAGCUGCACUGCUGGUUGAUUUAGAUGGUUCAGCUUUUCUUCUGCCACACCAGCGACGCUUUCGGGUACCUUGUUAGCGCUAGUUUCUAUUUCAGUGAGUUUGCAAUUGCAUAAAGCUCAAAACAUUUUUUUUCAACCAAAUGUAUUAAUAUCAAAUCAUAUGUACGGUAGUAUUGUAUGAACUAGAAGAAAGACAUAUGGGUACUAUUUUAUUUUUUAUCAGAGUUUAAGUUUGAAAAUGUCAGGAUGUCAGUCAGUGUCACUGGUUGCCAUUGACAAAUGAGAAGACUGUUAAGCACUUUCCAGUUGUGGCCUCCUUGUGUGCAUGCAUUAUCAAUCAGCUACACUUAAGCCUGCACUUUUUACCUUUUUCACUGCAACCAUCGUUUCUGCAAAAAAACAAACAAAAACAUUUUGACUUUUUCUUCAAUUCGUCAAUUCAGUCAUGGGUGGAGACUGUUAUUAAUAUUAUUUAAUUACACAAAUUUUUAACCCGAUUCGUUUUAACAAUAGUUGUGGCUGCAGACACAAGGUUGCAAAAUGUCGGUUUAAAUGUAAUUUCAAUGUAUUGAUGUAAAUAAAAUAAAGCCUCGUAAUGAUAAAAUACUUAUAUAAAAAAGAUAAAGAAACCAUAUUUCAAACUUUAAAGGGCCACAGUUUUAACUCUUCAUUCCAAAUAUGGGAAAAAAGUACAUUUUGAUGGUCUGAAUAUUGUUUUAAUGAGAAUUGUCGAAACUCAAAUGUAUUCUGAUUGGUAAUUUAAUGACAAUGCUGGUGCUUUACAAAAACAGAAGAACAAAUUAUUUUGGUACAGUGUAGUACUAGGUAAACAGUCUAUUGUAUGUGCUGAAUAUACAUGUAAAACUUAACAUGGGCCACUCUCUUUAGCAGCAGUUGUUUUCAAUUGGAUGAAAACAUCACAAAAUGGAAUUGAUAUAACAGUAACAUUUUUGAUCUUGCAUAAAUGGCCAAAAACACUCUUGACUUCAUCACUUUGUCAAAAACGUACCCAAGAUCCACACAGCAAACUACAAAAUUAUAAGAAACACAGACUAAUUGUCUGAAAUUGGUCAGACCAGGUUGUUUACCUGUAACCAUGGGAAUGCCAUCUGCAUGGUUGAUUAAUGGCAGUGCUUUGGGCCUUCGCUCUCCAUUUAACAACAUUAUUUUCUAUUUUCUGGAACAAUCCCACCACUUAUUUUAUAUGGAUUAAAAAUCUUUCAGUCCACAAGGUAAAAUUCACUCCCCAGGUCAUGAUUAUUCAUAUUCGCAUUUGUAUACUGCAUUAUUAUACCUCAUAUUCUUGUCGUGUUUCUUUUAGUUUAGCAGCCACCUGUAUUUACCAUUUCAAGUCAAUAACAUAUUCAAGCAUGUACACAUCUCAGAGACACAAGUGAAAAUAUUACAUGUAUCCCAUUUUCUAUUACCUGGAAUGGAGAAAUCGCAACCAAAAUAAUUUCUCCCGGGAUGAAUAAAUUAAUUGGAAUUGGUAAAAGAAUCAACAGGGAGCCAAGCACACAAAACACAAACAGUAGAAUGCACUACUAAAGGUUGUCAUUAUCAUUAAGAAUAUCCUUAUGGGAUCAAAGUUAAUAAAAGGGACUUUUAGUUUGAAAAUAAUGAUACAAUAAUUGUUAAAAAAAGAUGUUACCUUAUAUGGCUUAUCAUAUUUGUAAAUGGAAAAUGAUGCAUGCAAGUCGGACCACCAGCAUCUUAUUGCUGGUAGGCCACCAGUCAAACAGAACACUGAUCUUUACCUUACCUCAACUCGUACCGCCAUACCCCCUGUCUGACAUACUGACAUAUCUUAAAUCGCAAGGCCUCUGAUUUUGUCAUUUUGUCAAGCACUUGACCUGAACUCUCUUGAACCCCUUGAACCUGAACGCUAACUGGGCCUGACGUUUAUUUUUUUGGGAGCAAAACAUUUGUUACAUUUUGGAAUUAUAAAGUGCUUCUAAGAUAAUUUAGAAGAAAUUGGCUUUGUGUGCCAGUUUAAAUAAGAUUUAACGCAAAAUACACGCUUUGUGUUUUUUUUUUU